GGGGGCUGCCUUUGCUGCAAUUUCUCAAGCGUCCACUGGAGGGAGACAUAUGUGAGGAUGACGAUGGUAAUUAUGAUGACGCAAGCCUUCACACCCGAGGAUGCUGGGAGGAUGAAGAUGACGAUGACAGCAGCAGAGGAGUACACACUCACACAGGCUAACGGCUAAUGGCUAAGUGCUCCGUGCAUGCACACGCAUAUACCCACGCAUGCUAAGAUGCUAGCUAAUCGGUGAGCAUGCUAGGGCAAGGAAGCUAGACACACAAAAUGCAGAGCUCCAGCUUUCCUAUUGGACGGUACAAAGGCGCUGAUCGCUGACCGACGACCGGCCGUCAAGAACCCGCCGGACGGAGAACACUGAAAUGUCUAAACGAGCUGCAGGGGUGCGGGGGAAAGGGGAGAAGCAGGACACCAUGGCAUCGGUCCAAGCUGUCAACGAGGAGCUGAGAGCCAAACUGAUGGACAUCCAGUUAGAACUUCAGCAGGAGAAGAACAAGGUCAGCCGCCUGGAGAGGGAGAAGAGUCAGGAACUCAGGACAGAACAUCACCGGGCCGCCGUCGCCAUGACGGAGCUGAAGAGCAAACUCCACGAGGAGAAGCAGAAAGAGCUAGCGCUUACUAGGGAGACGUUGCUACGGCAACACGAGAUGGAGCUGAUGAGAGUUAUCAAAAUCAAAGAUGGCGAGAUCCAUCGGCUGAACGGUUUAGUCCUCACGCUGAGGGACAGCUCGAUGGAUAAGGUGAGGAACGCUCUUCUGAUGGAAGUGGAGGAGACGAGAAAGGCCUGGGAGGCGGAGCGCUGUCGCCUCCAGCAGGAGCUUCAGGAGCAUCGCGGCGCCAAGAGGAGCGCGGAGGAAGCUCUGGGGUUAGCUCACCAGGCUUGCCAGGCCCGAGUAGCCGAGCUACGAUCGGCGCAUCACCAACACCAGGAGGAGUUGAACAGAACCAAGAGAGACUGCGAGAGGGAGAUCCGCCGACUGAUGGACGAGAUAAAACUGAAAGACAGAGCUGUUAGUGUUUUGGAUAAAGCCCUGGGGCUGCAGGCUGGCCACGCCCACCGCCUUCAGCUGCAGACUCAGGCGGCUGAGCAGCAAAUCGCAGCCCUCAGAGAUGCACAAAGGGCGGGACUAAACUACCCCGGACAUGUCCCUAACUCCGCCACUAACAAUCCUCUUCAUCCUUCUCAGGAGGAGCGGGACACUCGGAGAUUUCACUUGAAAAUCGCAGAGCUCAGCGCCGUCAUCAGGAAGCUGGAGGACCGAAACGCUUUAUUGUCCGAAGAACGCAACGAACUGCUGAAGCGACUGAGGGAAACCGAGAGUCAGUUUCUUCCUCUGCUGGACAAAAACAAGCGUCUGAGCAGAAAGAAUGAGGAGCUGUCACUCAUGUUGUGUCGCCUUGACAACAAACUCCGCUUUGUCACCCAGGAGAACAUGGAGAUGAGGAGGCCCAGUUCGCUGAACGACUUGGACCGCAGCAGCUCUGCCAGUUACCAAGGCUACAGUCAGGACUACAGAGAAAUGGAGUUCCUACGACUUCAGGUUCUGGAGCAACAACACAUCAUAGACGACCUGUCUAAGGCUCUGGAAACAGGAGGUUACGUGAAGAAUGUGAUUCAGGAACGAGAUCUGUUAUUGCGAUACAGACGUCAAGAAUCGACCAGGAGAAAACGAACCUUGAGAGCCUGCAGGGUCAUAGAAACAUUUUACGGCUACGAUGAAGAAGUGUCAGUGGACUCGGACGGCUCAUCUUUGUCUUUUCACACAGACAAAACCCCCGACACGGAACCCGAAGAGGUGUGCGUUCGUGAGGAGGCGGAGCUUCGCUACCGUCAGCUGACGCAAGAAUAUCAGGCGCUGCAGCGGGCCUACGCUCUGCUGGCUGAGACCAGCGGAGGAAACUAUGAUGCCGAGAAGGAGAUCAAGACCAGAGAACAGCUGCUUGCCGAAAUCAGUCAAUAUCAGACCAGGGUCGCAGAUCUGGAGUCAGCGCUGAAACAGCAAGGACUGGACGUGAAGUGGGUGGAGGAGAAGCAGAUGUUGUAUCAGAGGAACCAGCAACUAGUGGAAAAGAUGAAGCAGAUGGAAGCAGAGGAACUCCAUCUGAAAAACGACAUCCAGGACGUCAGAGACCAAAACGAACUCCUGGAGUUCAGGAUCUUAGAGCUGGAGGAGAGGGAGUGGCGAUCACCUGGCAUCAACUUCCAGCAAGUCCACUUCCCAGAAAGUCUCAGCCCUUUGCAGGUCUACUGCGAGGCGGAGGGAGUAACUGACAUUGUGAUCUGUGAGCUCAUGAAGAAGUUGGACAUUCUGGGAGAUAACGCCGUAAGUAAUCUGUCCAAUGAGGAGCAGGUGGUCGUGAUUCACGCCAGGACUGUUCUCACACUGGCAGAGAAGUGGUUGGGGUCCAUUGAAGUGACAAAGUCUGCACUGCAGCAGAAAAUGUUGGACAUUGAAAGUGAGAAGGAUUUGUUCAGCAAGCAGAAAGGCUACCUGGAUGAAGAGCUGGACUUUAGGAAGCGCUCCAUGGAUCAGGCUCACAAGAGGAUCCUGGAGCUGGAGGCCAUGCUGUACGAGGCGCUACGACAGCAGGACGAGUUCAGAAUGGACGGGCAAAAGGUAAAAUACGAUUGCGUGAGCGACACGCUGACGGAUGACCAAAGGGAGGGGCUUAAGAGAGCCAUGGACCAGUGGAAACGAGCUGUGAUGUGCGAGCUAAGAGAACGAGAUGCGCAGAUCCUCAAAGAAAGAAUGGAUCUGCUUCAAGUCACGCAGCAGAGGAACAAAGAGUUGGAGGAAUUCAUCGAAUCGCAGAAGCGACAAAUAAAAGAGUUGGAGGAGAAGUUCCUCUUUCUGUUUUUAUUCUUCUCUCUGGCCUUCAUCCUCUGGUCCUAACAUCUGCUGCGUCUGUCAUCUGGCAGCCGACCACUCAGCCAAUCAGAAACCAGCUGACCUCAACAUCUCAGAAGGCUGAGACCAGGUGACGAUGGUUCCCUACUGCCUUUUGUCCCAGAAUGACUGGUUUUAUGUCAGAAGUACUAUUUUACACUAUCUGCUAGCACGAACGGAUACACAGGAUGUUGUGGACAUUAUUUUCAAAAGGUGCAAAUAAAAGUGAGCGUGAACAGAA